AUGACUGUUUCAGUUUUGAGAAUCAUAACCAAAGCUAUCUACCCACAUGAUGCUUCUGGUUUAAGAAGCAGCGCCAACCUCUACUUUGGCAUCAGUGUCGUCAUCAUGGUCAUUUGCCUAAUUUGCUACAAUAUCAGUAACAAGCUUCCAGUCAUUCAGUACUAUAAAUAUUUGAAGACAAAAGCCCAAGAAGUAGAAGAAAAUGAUAAACCCUGCCUGAGUAAAUCUCCAUGGAAAUCAAGCUUGUGGGAUGUUACAAGGCGAGUAAAAUGGCUUGCAUUUGCAAGAUUCCUCAUCUUCGUUGUAACUUUCUCAAUAUUUCCAGGACACAUAACGGAAGACGUGCACUCUCAAAUCCUCAAUGACUGGUACCCAAUCCCUCUCAUUGCAUGUGAGAGUUUGUUCAAUCUAGUGGGAACGUCUUUGCCAGCGAUCUAUCUCAUCAAGAAUGAAAACGUCGUAGUGACUGCCUCAAUUGCUAGGCUGUUGUUCUAUCCUCUCUUUCUUGGUUGCUGGUACGGGCCAGUAUUCCUCCAGACAGAUUCCAACUGCCACAUUGACAUGUCUGCUUGGGAUAACUAA